AUGGAUUCUGCAAACUUGACAACUUGUAAGCUUAUUGUUAAGCUUCGUGUCUGUGAUAAAGUUCCCGGGCAAGCGAGCAGUUUUCCUAAAUCAGCUGCCAUUUGGGUUUCUUCUCAUCUCUGGAUGGAUAUUCUUGAGCAUCGUAACUGGAUGUAUAAUAGGCUUCUUCCAGGCCGAAAGGGAAUUACAGAUAACUUUUUACUUGGGGUGGAGGAGUUUAUUUCUUUUGCAUGUCAACAUCCGAUAUUUUUAAGUGAGGGGAAAUUAAGGUGUCCAUGUUCAAAACACAAAAAUCAGAGGUACUUAACUCCUGAUGAGGUGAAGGUUGAUCUUUAUAGAAAAGGGUUCACACCUAAUUAUUGGUAUUGGACUUCACAUGGAGAGGAAGAGCCUCAAAUAGAUGUUGAGAUUGACAGAUCUUUACCAGGUUCAAGUAGUGUGCACAUUAGUGAUGAUCAACAAAUGAAUAGAUAUCAGACAAUGAUUUUCGAUGCUGUAGGCCCUGAUUUUACCACUGAAUAUGAACAAAAUGUUGAGGAAGCUCCAAAUAUGGAUGCUCAAAAAUUUUAUGAUAUGUUGCAUGCAUGCCAAAAACAAUUAUGGCCUGGAUCUAAACACUCUGAGUUGUCAGUCGCUGUUAGGAUGUUGAGUAUUAAAUCUGAUUAUAAUAUGUCACAACGAUGUUUUGAUGAAGUUUUACAACUCAUGAAAGAGACAAAUCCUCUUGACAAUUGCAUACCUUCUAAUUUUUACCAAGCAAAGAAAUUAGUCUCCAAACUUGGACUUAUCUCCCAAAAAAUAGAUUGUUGUGUUAAUGGUUGUUUAUUAUAUUUUAAGGAUAAUAUAAAUUUGAGGGAAUGCAAGUUUUGUGGUUCUCCUCGAUAUAAGCCAAGUAGGAGUUGUAAGAAAAAGUUGAAAGAUGUCCCUUUUAAAAGGCUGCAUUAUUUGCCGCUCAUUCCUAGACUUAAGAGGCUAUACGCCUCAAUGAGUUCUGCAAGUCACAUGAGAUGGCACUAUGAAAAAAGGCGGGAUGAAGGUGUUUUGUGUCACCCAUCAGAUGGAGAACAUUGGAAACAUUUUGAUCAAACUUACCCUGAUUUUGCUAUUGAGCCAAGAAAUGUUAGACUUGGUUUAUGUUCUGAUGGUUUUACUCCGUAUAGUCAAUCAUCUUCACCUUACUCGUGCUGGCCAAUAAUUAUUACUCCAUACAAUCUUCCUCCUGAGAUGUGUAUGACAACUCCGUACAUGUUUUUAACCUGUAUUAUUCCUGGCCCGCAUAACCCCAAGAGUAAGAUAGAUGUGUAUUUGCAGCCUUUGAUAGAUGAGCUAAAGUUGUUAUGGGACGAGGGUGUCUUAACGUAUGAUAUUUCAAGAAAGCAAAACUUCAAAAUGAGGGCAGCUUUAAUGUGGACAAUCAAUGAUUUUCCUGCAUAUGGAAUGUUGUCAGGGUGGAGCACAGCUGGAAAAUUAGCAUGCCCUUAUUGUAUGAAUCGAUCAAAGGCUUUUACUUUGAAACACGGGGGUUAA